AUGGUUAACGCAAUCUUGUCAAAGAAGAGAAAGUUGGUAGCUGAUGGUGUCUUCUACGCCGAAUUAAAUGAGUUUUUCACUAGAGAAUUAGCUGAACAAGGUUAUGCUGGUGUUGAAGUUAGAAAGACACCUUCCAAAUUGGAAGUUAUUGUCAAGGCAUCUAACACUCAAGGUGUCUUAGGUGAGCAAGGUAGAAGAAUUCACGAAUUGACCUCCUUGAUCGUCAAAAGAUUCAAAUUGUCUCCAGAAGGUAUCGUACUUUAUGCUGAGAGAGUUGAAGAAAGAGGUUUAUCUGCUGCCGUCCAAGCUGAAGCUUUGAAAUCUAAGUUGUUGAAUGGUUUACCAUUAAGAAGAGCAGCUUACGGUGUUUUAAGAUUUGCUAUGGGUGCUGGAGCCAAGGGUGUCGAAGUUGUCAUCUCAGGUAAAUUGAGAGCUGCUAGAGCUAAGUCUCAAAAAUACUCUGAUGGUUUCAUGAUUCACUCUGGUCAACCAACCAAAGAUUUCAUUGAUAUUGCUAUUAGACACGUCUUGAUGAGACAAGGAGUUUUGGGUAUUAAAGUCAAGAUUAUGAAGGAUCCUGCUGCAAACAGAUUCGGUCCUAAAGCAUUGCCAGAUGCUGUUAAGAUUUCUGAAGCUAAGGAUGAGGAUGAAAUUAUCCCAGCUCCAACAGUCAAGGUUUAUAAGGCUGCUGCCCAAGUAUAA